AGAUUUCUCGCCGCUGCACCAAAAUUUCGCUACCCUGAUCAACCUUGCAUCCACAGUAACUUUUCCCCUAUUCCAUGGAGGAUUCUUCAGCUGGUGAAGACACCAAGACUUGUCCUCGUGGUCACUGGAGACCCGCUGAGGAUGAAAAGCUAAGACAACUUGUUGAACAAUAUGGUGCCCAAAACUGGAAUUCAAUUGCCGAGAAGCUCCAAGGAAGAUCAGGGAAAAGUUGCCGAUUAAGGUGGUUCAAUCAGCUUGACCCCAGAAUUAAUAGAAGACCAUUCACGGAAGAGGAAGAAGAGAGGCUUCUUGCGGCGCAUCGCAUUCACGGGAACAAGUGGGCACUCAUAGCGAGGCUUUUCCCGGGUCGAACUGAUAAUGCUGUGAAGAAUCACUGGCAUGUUAUAAUGGCGAGAAAGCAAAGGGAACAAUCUAAGUUAUGUGGGAAGAGAAGCUUCCAAGACGUUUACAAUGAUUCCAACAGUUCCUCGUUCACCGAGAAAAGACCAUCACAACAACCUCAAGACCUAUUGUUUAGUACGAGAUUUGGGUUAGAGAAUGGAAGAUUCUUUGACUUUCGGAACCUCGAUAAAGAUAAUAAUAGGAUAGUUGCAGAUACUCCCUCUAGUUCUCUUGCCUCGUGGAAUUUUGCAUCUGUGCCAACAUCUACAAACAAUUCUUCUGUAGUGGAUUCACUUAGAAAAGGAGGGAGAGACUAUGUCAACAGUUCUUCUUGUUCUUCUAAUAUUUACAUCUCAGAAUGUUCCAGAAGCUCAGAUAGAUCAUUUCUUUACAGAAUUUAUCCAAAUCCUGCAUUCUCGCUUCCCAACUACAAAAGGGUUGUUCCAAGUCCUUUUAGAUUCCUCGGUUCUAAUGAUGAUGGAAAGAUAAAGAGGGACUUGAUGAGUUUCUGUGAUAACUCAUCCACAUUCACCAAGUUGAGGGCUUCCAAUGCGGAGAAAGAUCAUCAGCAAAAAGAUGACGAUGAAACCAAUAUUGAGCACAAAGAAGUUCCUUUCAUUGAUUUUCUUGGUGUUGGUGUCUCUUCAUCAUAAUAACAAAUGAAGGAUUUAAUUAUUUAACUUCAUAUGAUACUUAUGUCUGUAGUUUAAAUAGGUUUCUAGUUUUCACCCCCAUCUUGAAUUCUAGCGAUUAGCAAAUAGAAAUUCUAGUGUAGUUCAUAUCUGCACAGGCUCUCGUAAUUAUGUAGCCUUUCAACUUUUCCUCAGGUUGUGUUUAGAGUGAAACUUUUUGUGCAUAACUUUAAUUUUUCUUGUCCCCGUCUGAGGAAUAAAGGUUUGAGUGUUGAUCUGAUUAAGGGUAGUGAUUAGUGUGAGAUACACAAUUGCUGCGCGUGGCUUGGAACUCUAUGAAUAUAUGGUAAGUAUAGA